AGCCUUUAUCGGCCUUGCUGUGAUAAACAUCAAGUUCCAGUAUAUAUUGUCACUAUUAUCUAUGAAAAUUAAAUUAUCUUGGUGGACUGAAAAUUAAUCAAUGGAGGGUUUUCAAUUAAUAAAACAAGGUGCUGAAGCCAAGCUCUAUCAGGGCAUGUAUUUAGGAAAAAAUGCUAUCGCGAAAGAACGAUUCGUAAAAAAAUACAGACAUUCUCAUUUGGAUACUGCCCUAACUAAAGAACGCAUGAAGGCAGAAACGCGAGCGAUAGUCCGUUGCAAGGCUGCAGGAAUUCGCACACCCACAAUUUAUCUAGUUGACUUUGAUAGGCGAACAAUAUUCAUGGAGUACUUCAUUCAUAAUGUUACAUUAAAAGACUUUAUUGAAAUGGCAUUAAUGGAUCAGUUAUUAGAAGUUUGUUAUAAUGUAGGUACUAUUAUAGGCCAAAUGCACGAAAGUAAUAUUAUUCAUGGAGACCUAACAUCAUCAAACAUACUGCUUUAUAAUAAAUUUAAUAAUGAUACCUUCUCCAAUAUAAAAGACUUAAAUUUGGUAUUUAUUGAUUUUGGUUUGGCGCAUAUGGAUCCUAGUACUGAAGACAAAGGUGUUGAUUUGUACGUGUUGGAACGAGCUCUACUUAGCACACAUAAGGUGGCAGACAUUAUAUUUUCCAAAAUAAUUGAAGGAUACAAAAAAAGUUAUAACAAGGGUUUUAAGGAGGUGCUCUCUAAAUUUGAAGAAGUGAGAGCUCGUGGAAGGAAAAGGACAAUGGUGGGCUGAUUUGUUGGAAGAUUGCCGAUAUUUUCGGUAGAUUUCUACUAAGUUUCGAAUUGUUUUCUAUUAAAAUAAACAUUUUUGCAAGUAUUUGUUUUGAUAUUUAAGAUGGUUUAAAUGAUGGAAC